ACUGGAAGGAAGCCCCUGUGCUAGGCACUACUGGGAGGGAGCAGACAGAAGGACACACACAGAAGGGGCCUAGGCUGCGGCAUAAAAAUAUCAAGGGACACGCACGGGAGCUGAGCCAAGUCGCCACAGAAAAUCAAGGGACGUGAAUGGGCAAGGAAUUCACUUGUCCUCAACCCCCUGCUAUAUACACAGCACCAGACCCUCUGCGAGCUUCACAUCCCAGGAGGAGACAGACGGGAGAGGAACAAGAUGUUACUUCCAAUCCUCCUCAGCCAAAUAGCAAUGUCCAUUGCUAAUUCCACCCCUGAAUGUGAUCUUGAUAAAAUAGCCAUCACUGGUGGUGAAUAUACUCUGACCAAUGGAGGAAAUGUUGGCAGCAUAGUGCAGUACACCUGCCCUGAAGGAAAGUACCCAUACCCGUCAUCUUUACGAGAGUGCCUUCCCAAAGGUCAAUGGACAGAUGAGCAAAAGAAAGCCCAAUGCAAAGUUGUGCAGUGCCCCAGACCUGUCAUGUUUGAAAACGGAGAGCUCUAUCCCCGAAAAAUGAGACAUUUUGUGGGCGACGUCCUGCACUUCGACUGCUGGGGAGGAUUUAAAAUGAUUGGACCUCAAAACCGCACUUGUCAGGAAAAUGGAAAAUGGAGUGGAGAAGAAACGAAAUGUGACGAUGAAGAGGGCGACUGUCCUAACCCAGGAAUUCCUCUUGGGGCUACAAAAGUUGGUUCUUCCUACAAGAUUGAGAACAAAGUGACGUAUCAAUGCCAACCUGAACUGUACAUGUACGGCUCUAAGGAAAGAGUAUGUAUGGAGAACAAGAGAUGGUCCGGAGCAGAACCCACCUGCAGAUACUCGUAUACGUUUGAUACCCCAAAGGAGGUGGCGGAGACUUUUUCUGCUUCUCUUUCCGAAACGAUUGAAUCAUCUGACCUAGAUAAAGAUGGAGAAGGAAAUACGGAUCGUACAAUAAGAGUGGAAACCGGAGGUGACAUGAAUAUCUUCAUAGUCAUUGAUGCCUCUAAAAGUGUAGGACUGACAAACUUUAAUACAGCUAAGAAGAUCAGUGAAGUGUUCAUAGAUAAGAUGGCCAGCUUUGAUUUUAUCCCUCGCUAUGGUGUCAUCUCGUAUGCGUCAUUUGCAAAAUCCAUUAUGCUGCUCUCAGAUGAUGACAGCAACAACGCUGAGGAGGUCAUUGAGAAGAUUCGAAAGUUUCAAUAUAAAGAACAUGAUGAUAAGCAGGGAACGAAUACUCGGGCUGCUCUGGCUGAAGUUCACAACAUGUUGUCCCUACAACACCAAAGAGAUGCCGAAAAGUUCAUGAAGACGAGAAAUGUUAUUUUGCUGAUGACAGAUGGGAAGCAUAAUAUGGGGGGAGAUCCGGCUGUUGAGGUAAAGAGGAUCAGAGAAUUUCUAGACAUCAGGAAGGACAAUAAUCGCGAAGACUUUCUGGAUAUCUAUGUGUUUGGCCUGGGUAAUGAUAUUAGUGAUAAUGAAAUCAAUGAUAUUGCAUCCAAGAAAGAUCCAGAAAAGCAUGUCUUCAAGAUGAGAUCUAUAGAUGAUAUGAAGAAGGCCUUUGAUGAUAUUUUAGAUGAAUCAGAGAUUCUCCAGAUGUGUGGACUUUCCAAAGAGACAUCCAAAGAUGAAGAAGGAGUGCAAGAAAAGUAUCCUUGGAUUGCUAAAAUUACCAUCACUCGUCCAGGUUCUCAAGAAAAAUGUAAAGGAUCUAUUGUGAGCAGAGAUUUUAUCUUGACCGCUGCUCACUGCUUCCAUCUAGAUGAAGAGCUCCAUACUAUCUCCGUUAGAGUUGGAGAUAAGUCAUUCAAAGCAAAGGAGCUCUACCGCCAUCCUCAGUAUGACCCAGUCGGCAAAAAUGGCGUGGAGAAAUCCUUUGAUUAUGAUAUGGCUCUCAUUCAACUGGAUAAUAAGAUGACAUUUUCCAAAACGACCAGACCUAUCUGUCUUCCCUGUACAUCCGGCACAUCCUGGGCUUUAAAGCAAAGAGGGAAAUCUGUGACCUGCAAGGACCAUGAAAGCACAAUCCUCCCGACAGAACUGGAGAAGGCCUUGUUUAUUGCAGAGGAGAAGGAAAGGAAUUUAAAGCAGAUGAAUGUCCAUAUAAAGCAAGGAAAUAGGAGGCUCGCCUGUCUAGAAGAUACUAAAAAGAUCGAAAAAUUCAAGGAUAUUCCAGACAUUAAAGACCUCAUAACUGAUAAUUUCCUAUGUACAGGAGGAAUAGAACCUCAGGUGGAUCCACAAACCUGCAAAGGUGACUCUGGAGGUCCUCUUAUUGUCCAGUACAAACAACGCUUCAUUCAGGUGGGGAUUAUUAGUUGGGGGACAAUCAGCAGCUGUAAUGGACCUAAAAGAAAUCCUGGGCCGGUGCCGGCACUUUCUCGGGAUUUCCAUGCUGAUGUGUUCAAAAUGUUGGAUUGGCUAAAGGAAAAGAUGCCAGAGUUGGAAUUUAUAAACUAAAGCUUCCAAGUGAUGGAGACAUAAAAAACAAUGAUUGGGCCACCCCAUUGGCCUGAGCUUUCGUUGGACACCUUUUGGGAAAAGACAUUAAUGCAAAGCACCACCAAUGGUUUACAUAGCAAUAUAGGAUGUACAAACACAAGAAAUUUACUACUGGAAUGAUAUAAACAUUAUAUCUGGAAUUAACCCUACUUGCUUUUUUGAUAUUCUGUCAGCCAUGACAAAUAGGGAAAUAGAGAAAAAUUUGGGAAACUGAAAUUUAGCCUCAAGUAAAAUAGUAGACGAUGUUGUCUGCUUCUGUCAUUUUCCUAUAUAGAGAUAUAAUCUUAUUGGCUUUUGUGGGUCACACUCCUGCUUUACCUCUUUGAUUGGAGAGAGAGCUUGUUCAACCACUAAUCUUCUAUGAGAGUGGCCAUCGGGAAUCGGUGGGGGCAGAGAGGAGACAUUAUCUGGUUAAUAGAUGGCAGGAGCUCCUUGACCUAAACACUGCUGGUUGCAGAAUGGUGGGCUCACAGAACCCUACACACACAUGCACCACAAUAAUAACAUUGCAAGGAAGAGGGCUUCUGUAUAGUUUUACCUAGCAUAAAGGUACAAGUGAAUAUUCCAGUCUCAUAAAUGUAAUUACAUGGACCCCAUUAGGCCAGUGGCAAUUGGGAUUUUUAGACAUUAUUAAACCCAGAAGUAUAUGAGUAUUUAGUUAUGCAGUGACAAAGUUUGAAGCAUGAAACCACCUAAAAAGCAAGUAAAUAGGGGAGCUCCUAUUAGUAAAUGGUGGUUGUAAAGGGGGGGGGGUGCUGUAGAA